UCACGUCCGCCGUAAACAACAAUAAGGAAGUGGAGGGAGAAGUCCGAGGUGCAAAAUGCAGCAUAUGCAAAUACAUUAGAGGCCAUUUGUUGUUGUCGUGUGCAAGUCAGGAUUAUUAUGCAAUAGUUUUUAUUCUUCACAAGCGACAGUGAGUCUGUGCUAGCGAUGGAGGGCUCCAAGUCGUCGAGUACAACCAUGCAGGUCAGCUUCGUGUGUCAGCGGUGCUGUCAGCCGCUCAAACUGGACACCUCCUUCAAUGUGCUCGAUCGAGUCACAAUCCAGGAGCUGAUUGCUCCGUUGGUCACAGUGACUCCCAGCAAGCCGGCUGACAGCACUGAGGGAGGGACAGCACCAGAGGAGACCUUUGUAGAAAACAAGCAAGAUGGAGUGUCAAGAAAAUACAUCCCUCCUGCACGGAUGAUGUCCACAGAGAGUGCAAACAGCUUCACACUGAUUGGAGAAGCAUCUGAUGGUGGCACCAUGGAAAACCUUAGUCGUAGGCUGAAGGUGACCAGUGACCUGUUUGACAUCAUGUCGGGCCAGACGGAUGUGGACCACCCGCUGUGUGAAGAGUGUACUGACACCCUGCUGGACCACCUGGACACACAGCUCAACAUCACAGAGAACGAAUGCCAAAAUUACAAGCAGUGUCUGGAGCUGCUGUCACACCUGCAGGUGGAGGAAGAGGAGACCCUGCUGGCAGAGCUGCAGCAGCUGAAGGAGGAGGAGGAGGCUCUGGUCCAGGAGCUGGAGGCAGUGGAGGACCAGAGGGCUGCUGUGGCCCAAGAACUAACCCAGAGCAGGACGCACUCUCAGCAGCUGGACACGGAGGAGCUACAGUACCAAAAGGAGUACAGCGAGUUUAAACGGCAGCAGCUGGAGCUGGACGACGAGCUGAAGAGUGUUGACAACCAGAUGCGUUACUGUCAGAUUCAGCUAGAUCGCCUAAAAAAGACCAACGUCUUCAAUGCCACAUUUCACAUCUGGCACAGCGGCCAGUUUGGAACAAUCAACAACUUCCGUCUGGGUCGGCUCCCCAGCGUCCCAGUGGAGUGGAAUGAGAUUAACGCAGCCUGGGGGCAGACGGUGCUGCUGCUGCACGCUUUGGCUAACAAAAUGGGGCUGCGCUUCCAGAGAUACCGUCUUGUCCCAUACGGAAACCACUCAUACUUAGAGUCACUGACAGACAAGUCCAAGGAACUUCCUCUGUACUGCUCAGGUGGCCUGAGGUUCUUCUGGGACAAUAAAUUCGACCAUGCCAUGGUGGCCUUUCUGGACUGUGUCCAGCAGUUCAAAGAGGAGGUGGAAAAAGGAGACACAGGAUUCUGCCUUCCAUACAGGAUGGAUGUGGAGAAGGGCAAGAUUGAGGAUACGGGAGGCAGCGGUGGCUCCUACUCCAUCAAAACCCAAUUCAACUCUGAGGAGCAGUGGACAAAGGCACUGAAGUUUAUGCUCACCAACCUGAAGUGGGGACUGGCCUGGGUCACAUCACAGUUCUACAACAGAUAAACCUGCUGGACAAUGCCUUGUAAUGUUUAGUUUUGUAAAGUCAUGUGCCCCUCCGAUAAAUGGAUUUUGAGUGAUUCUUAUUUGGAUACUUGGCCAAAGAAAAUGGUUGUGUCCGCACCAUUUUGCAAGUAUUUUUUUAGGAUUUCUAGUACAAAAAUGCAUGGAGCAAUAUCUAGAUCUUCAGUCCAAAUUGUCAGUUUUUACAUGUUACAAAGUGGAAAUAAUUUCUAUCUAUUUUGCUGCACAAUGCAGAUUAGAAAUUGUGGGACAACGGUGGAAGCUUUGAGGAUUGUAGUCACGUCCCCCAAAGUGAGCAGGAUAACUACACGUCUGUCUUUGAGUUUCUUUUUUUUAUCGUUUGGCUAAUUAAUAUCUGGCUUUUUCUGAAAAGCUGACGUUGCAUUAACACAAUUUCACACUUCCUCAGCUUCGAAUGUAACUUAAAAGAAAUCAAACUCACUUCUUAUUACCACUUCAUCAAGGUAUCCUUGCUCUCCUGCACUGCACACCUUUGAAAUCACUGUGAGGAAAUUUCUUUUUGUCAAUGUCCCAAUUAUAUAAGCUGUAAGAGCAUGAUGUGAUAAUUAUGGUCAAGGUAGGAUAUUUUUAAUAGAUUAAAAAGGUUUAGUAUUCAGCGGGUAUGUCAGUAUUUCUUUAACCUUGAAUGCGGUUAUCACAUUUGCCAGUUACACACUUCACAGGUAAACUGUUGUAUUUAGAGGUACACUGAUGCAGCUUCUUUGUGUUCAUACUCUGCACCAUCACAUGAAUUUGUCUGUUUUAGAUAUGAAGGAUACUUUUAGUGGUUGGACUUGAGUUAAUAAACAUGUCAUGCUGUGUAAAAAAAAAAA